CUAGCAAACUUUGUUUCUACAUGGAUAAGCUUCUUGUCUUAGCAUUCUUAGGAGUUCAUAUUCUAUUUAUUUCCUACGGGAUGGUGCAUGGUGCCACUAUAUCUCUAUGUAGCCAAACCCCUUAUCCUGAACUAUGCAAUUCUCUCAUCAACCUUAAACCCCAAGCAAUGUCCCCAGAUGAAACCCUUUUCAUGCUCCGUGACACAGCCUUUAAGGCCACCAUGGCUCAAGCUGUUCGAGCCCACAAUCUCAUAUCAGCCAUGGACUUAAGUUCAUUCAAUGAGUUAGGCAAGUCAGCUUGGGCAGAUUGUCUGGAGCUUUAUGAGGACACCAUUGAAAAGCUCAAUUUCUCGAUCACCUCGGACAAUCCAACCACCAUGGCUGAUGCUCAAACAUGGCUAAGUGCAGCAAUCGCCAACCAACAAACAUGUCGAGACGGGUUUAUUGAGUUUAAGUUGUCUUCUCAUUUGCAUUCCUUUCCAGUCAUGUUGAGUGAAUUCUCCCAAUUCCUCAGCAAUUCACUUGCUAUAAACAAGGCCAUGGCUUCAUCAUCUAGUAAAUCAAUUCGAGGCCGACGCUUACUAGCCGAAGGCUUCCCAGACUGGGUUUCAACUGCUGACAAAAAGCUUCUUAGAUCAUCUGGGGCUGCAACUAAUGCUGACAUAGUGGUAGCCCAAGACGGUUCGGGCAAUUACAAGACCAUAUCAGAGGCUGUGUCUGCAUCAGUUAAACAAAGGAGAGGAACUCAGAGAUUUGUUAUAUACGUGAAAAAGGGUGUCUACAAAGAAAAUGUUGAGAUUAAGAAGUCAAUGAAAAAUUUGAUGUUUAUUGGAGAUGGGAUUGAUGCUACGAUUGUUUCUGGCCAUAAGAAUGUUCAAGAUGGCACCACCACAUUUCGCACGGCUACUUUUGCUGUUUCUGGUAAUGGCUUCAUCGCUCGGGACAUGACGUUCGAAAACACAGCCGGACCUCAGAAGCACCAAGCAGUGGCACUUCGCUCAGGCUCAGACUUGUCAGUUUUCUACAGCUGCAGCUUCAAAGGCUACCAAGACACCUUAUAUGUCUAUUCCCAACGCCAAUUCUAUCGAAGCUGUGACAUUUAUGGCACUUUAGACUUCAUUUUCGGAGACGCUGUUGUAGUUUUUCAAAACUGUAAUAUAUACGUAAGAAAACCUAUGAGAAAUCACUGGAACACAGUCACAGCCCAAGGAAGAAGUGAUUCCAAUGAAAAUACUGGAAUUGUUGUGCAUAAUUCAAUCGUUACCGCGGCCUUGGAUUUGAAAUCUGUUCAAAAAUCAUUCAAAACUUAUCUUGGGAGGCCAUGGAAGCAGUAUUCAAGAACAGUGUUCAUGAAAACUUCUCUAGACAGCUUGAUUGAUCCUUCAGGUUGGUUUCCAUGGAGUGGAAAUUUUGCUUUGAAGACUUUAUAUUAUGGGGAGUAUAUGAAUAAAGGGCUUGGUGCAAGUACUAGUGGGAGGGUGAAGUGGCCGGGAUAUAGGGUUAUAACAAGUGCGACGGAGGCUGGAAAAUUCUCAGUUGGGAACUUCUUGGCCGGGGAUGCGUGGAUUCCGGCCACCGGAGUGCCCUUCACUUCUGGCCUGUGACACACAGUUACACCUUUAUCUUUUCCAUUAUGGAAAGUGGGUUAUGUCAAUUUUAGUUAGGAUAGUGACUUGCAUGUGAUAUAAUUUUCAUUAGUUUGUGACUUUUUGUGUUGGCUUCUUGUUGUAUAGUUUGUGUAUAUCAAGAGAUGCCUUCUAUGAAAAGAGAGAGUAUAUAGUUUUACUUAUAU